AUGUCCGAUUCGACCUCGUGGUUGUUCUCGGCUCCUUUGUCUUGGGAGGAAAUCAAUGCGACGGAGCCGUACUUACUGCCACCUGCGGCGGUGGACAUAUUCUAUGCUCCACUUGAUGUUGACUUGCUUCCAACCGACGAGGAUUCUGACACUUUGUCUUCUGCGUCUUUCUGGUCCUUGACGUUGUGGCUUCCCCCUCGUCGGUCUGCCCAGACGGAGAGCCCGGCCACCAGACGAGGCGCGCAGGACACGCAGUCUUGCAGUGUAACGCGUGGUGGCGCCGAACAACAGGCGGACAGAGGACAUCGCCGUGGCUUUCAAGCGCAACUCCCACCCGUUCUGAUGGACUCUGGCCUUGCAGCCAAAAACGAUGAGACGCGCGGCUAUGUGCCCCAGUACAAGCUGUACUUGCGCACAGCUUUUGCGCUCGGCGUCGAGCUUCCUCUGGGCACUAACUCCGACUUCAUGCCGCAGGAUACGCUCGCCAAGUGGGUGGAACAGAUGCGUUUUGCAUUGGCUUAUGCAGAGCGGAAAGAGGGCCGUGACGUCGAGUUCAAAAAAGAUGUCGUGGAAGCCGAUGGCAGUUCUUUCCUCAAGCAUGCUAAGACCUCCGACCCGACGCAUCUGAAUCGUAGACGAAUGAAGAAACCUGCUGCAACCAAGCAAGUUCUCAAGAAGAGUGCGAAGCCCAAGAUGAAAGCUCGUGGCACGAACCAAAAGAUUGUGCACCAUGGUCGCUUUCUCGUCAUGACUGGCCGUGAGUCCAACAAGACUGUCUUGCUGCCCACGCGAGCCAAGACUACUGCCAAAGGAGCACCGCCGCCUGUGGAAAGCAAGGAGGAGGUUCUCAAGGCGUACGAAAAGCACGUGGUUGCUGACACGUGCCUGGCUGCACACGACAGCGCUCGCUCGCUCGUGGCCGCCAGUGCUGAGAUGGGCAUGCCAGCUGCCACUGCCAGACAUAGUGUGGACGAGAUGACGCCUGUCAAGAAGCACAAGCUCAGCAAGCUCACCGACAAGCAAAAAAAACUUGUCAAGCAGCUCAGCACCCGCAAGCAGCCAGCUGCCGUGCUCACGCCGCGCACAGUCGCGGUCGUUGGCGGCGACAACAAGGCGGAAGCGCAGUUCUCCGCUGUCAAGAGGAUAAUGAGAAAGCAGAACCUCUUGGGCCGGACUUCGCCGAAGAUGAUCGACUAUGCUGUCUUGGCCACACAACGUCUUCGACGGCAGCCUGGCUAUUGGACCGUGCUGAAGGCCUUGGCGGUGUACAGACGAGAUCGUGUGCACGAGCUGGGGCACGCGCCUCACGAGUUUCUCGAGCCUGCAAAAGACACAGGCUGGCUGAAGCUCUGA